GACAAUGUUCGAUAUUCCCACUAUCAGUCUGUUCGAAAACAUUCUGAAGACCUCGUGGACUUAUUCGAAUCGGGAAAAUCGGUACCAUUUUUCCAGCUGCUUUUCACUUGUGUCGAAAUGGCGUGCAAUUUUUUAUCGUUGCCCAAAACGAGCGAAAAGCCUAAAUCCACGGACUCGAUGUCGGAAGUUUCCGAAAGCGGUACCACGACUUCAGGAUGGGCAUCACGCUGGGACUCCCGAGAAGACCUACGCGACUUGAUAUCCAGAUUGGGACUCAAUGAUGCCUCCGAGCUCUAUCAGGAACGAUUCAGAGUGGAUCGCUCCAAGCUAGAGAAAAUGAUCACUGAUAACAAUUUUGCUUUAUUUCCCGCUGAUGUGUUUUUCGCGCAAGUGAUGGAAGACACCGACACGAUCAUCACAUGGCCGAACAAGCUGAAAAUUGGGGCCAAAUCCAAAAAGGAUCCUCAUGUUAGAAUAGCGGGCAGGCCUGAAGAUGUGCAAUGUGCCAAAGACCGGAUUUUAACCAUAUUAAGCACGAGGGUAAGUACCUGACUUGCUCAGCGUUCU